CCGCCCGACGAAGGGCCCAGGGUGAAGGGCACGAAGUUCACGCUGGACGACGUGCUGAGUCCGCGCUUCCGGCCGCCGCCCUUCAACGGCACCUGGGUCUCCGAGACCGAGCUGGUGUUUCGCGACCAGUUUGGCGGCGUCUCUCUCCUCAACGCCGAGAACCUCACCACUAGGGUCAUCAUGACCAACUCGACCUUUAGACAACUGAACGCGGCGGACUUCCUCAUUUCGAGCGACCUUAAGUACGUCCUGCUCGUGUAUAACAAGAAAAAGGUGUGGCGCUACUCCUACCAGGCGAGCUACCACGUCUACGAGGUAGAAACACAGAACAAGUACUCGGUGUCGCCGGUGGAGCUGGACCGGCAGGCGCCGCGCCUGCAGCACGCCGUGUGGUCCCCUCGCGGCUCCAGCCUGGCCUUCGUGCACGACAACGACGUCUACUACAGCGCAGACCCGCGCCGCAGGGCGCCCGUGCGCGUCUCCAGCACCGGCGUGCCCAACACCGUCUUCAACGGCGUCGCCGACUGGCUCUACGAAGAGGAGAUCCUGAAGAGCAGCGGCGCGAUGUGGUUCAGCCCGGAUGGCCGCUACCUGCUGUACGCCACGUUCAACGACACGCGAGUUGGAGAGCUGCGCUACCCCUGGUACGGUACCGCCCAGAAGGACCGACCCCAGUACCCACAGCUGCGCACUCUGCGGUACCCCAAGGUGGGCACGCCUAAUCCCGUGGUGACGCUGUGGGUGGCGGACGUGAGUAACCCCAAGCAGGUAAUCGUCACCGACCUGAAGCCGCCGCUCGAGGUCAAGUCUUCACAAGCUCAGUGGGACCAGUACUUCACGUCGGUGAGGUGGCUAUCUAACGAUGAGGUGUCCGUGGUGUGGUUGAACCGCCGGCAGAAUGUCUCAGUCAUAUCCAUUUGCCGCGCCAAGGUGUGGAAUUGUGAGCAGACGCACCUCGAGCAGUCCAGCACUUGGCUGGAGCCUGGCGAGGCGCCCCUAUUCUCCCCGGAUGGUGCGACGUACGUGACGGUGCUGCCGGUGCAGGAGGCGGACCUGGGCAGCUACCCACACGUGGUCCAGGUGGAAACGGAUACGCAGCGUGCGACCACGCUCACACAGGGCGCCUUCGAGGUCACCAGUAUCGCCGCCUGGGACCACGAGAACCACCUUGUAUAUUUCGUGGCAGCUCCCGAAGGUGUCCCUGGGGAGAGGCACCUCUACAGGGUGGGCGAUGCCAACAGCACACUCAAGUCAUGGGAGUGCCUCACCUGCCCACCCCCAGAGGUACCCCCUGGACAUCCUGACACAGUCAAGCCCUGCAAUGAAACUAGUGACUUGGACUGGGUGUGCCUGUUUGUGCAACCUCACUUCAGUCCAGGCCUGUCACCUAGAUACUAUGUCCUGGAAUGCCUAGGGCCCGAUCCACCAUUUCAUGUCUUGGUCGACGCACUGUCAAACACCAGAAUUGCUAUGUUGGAUUCCCUAAAUUCUUUAAGAGACAGACUGGCAAAAAUGGCUAUGCCUCAAGUGAAAACAUUCAAAGUCCAAGUUGCUGAUGGUUUCCAUGCUCAUGUAAGGUUUCACUUGCCUCCGGGAUUGCGAGAAUAUGAAGACAUGAUAUUUCCAUUGGUACUGCAUGUAUGUGGAGCUCCUGGAUCACAAUUAGUGUCUUCAAAAUGGGGUGUUGACUGGCCAACAUACUUGGCUGGCAAUAGGAAUUUCAUUGUUGCUCAAGUUGAUGGCAGAGGGUCUGGUUUCCAAGGAAAUCGGAUGAGGCAGCAGCUGUAUAGGCAGCUUGGUUCUGUUGAAAUUGAAGAUCAAAUUGCUGUGAUUAAGUACCUAAAAGACAAUCUUAAGUUUAUUGAUAAAGAACGGGUUGGUGUUUGGGGAUGGAGUUAUGGUGGAUUUGCUGCAGCUAUGAUUCUUACUGAAGAUGAGAAGGUGUUCAGAUGUGGCAUAUCAGUUGCUCCUGUUACAAGUUGGGCUCAUUACGAUUCUGCAUACUCAGAGCGAUACAUGGGCUUGCCAGAGGGAGAGGACAACUACCUAGGAUAUGAAAAAGCAGAUGUAACAAAAAGAGCAGGAAAUCUUCAAGACAAAAUGUUCUUGUUAAUUCAUGGUACAGCAGAUCACACUGUGCAUUACCAACAGAGUAUGUUGCUUGUACGAGCACUAACAAAAGAAGGAGUGCUCUUCAGGCAUCAGACAUAUCCCGAUGAAGGAAACACAUUCUCUGGAGUCAAAAAUCACUUGUACCGAGUAAUGGAGUCAUUCUUCAAUGACUGCUUUGGACCACUGGAUUUUGAAGAAUGGGAGUUUGGAACAAAUCUUUUCUCUUUCAAACAAUAGCAGAACAGUGAGGCUGCAAUUGUGCAGUUUCUGUGAAGUUUGUCUCUAUUUUCUGCUGAGAAGAUGAUCGUGGUGCUGUACUUGAGCACCUCUGUUUUUGCAUCACAGCCAUGGAAUACAGUAGCUGAAUGCUGCAAUCACUAAAGCACACUAAAAGAAUUGUGCCAGAUACAAGUGCAACGUAUGCAGUUGUUUACCAGUGUGUAACUUUCCUCCUAUGGCAGUAUUUUUAUUUUAUUCUCUUAUUACAGUUUCCCUUUCCUUGUCAGGCAGUAGAAUAUUAACAAGAAGUGGUCAUUUGUUAGAUCAAGUCUUUCUUAAUAAGAUAUUGCAUAAAACUGCUUAUUUAUGAAUAAAUUUCUGUUGUGAAAUAUACUCAAUAAAGAUGGCCAAAAAAAUCUUGAGACCAACAGUAAGAAAAUUAACUUUUUGUCUUUCUAUAUUGAUAUAAUGCUGCAGUAUUUUCUAUUCCAUUUAACAUUGUAAUGCACAAAUUAGAUUGUGAGUUCUGACUCAGUGUUUGUGCAUAAUCUGCUAGUAACUUUGGCCUUGGGUAUAUAUAUGUAUUACUGUACUUCAUUACACUAUGUGUUACAGUUUCCUGUAAACAAAACAUGAGCAAAGUAAUAUUGCUCUCACUCUGCAGAUGAAAGUCAUGUAUCACACUAAAAUGGUUCAGAGACAAUCAAAUUUAGAAGAACAAAUAUUUGAUCAUAUUGUAUGAACAGGUAGUAUUUACAUUUCAGUCCAUAUUUUCCUCUGGUUUCUCACUGAAAUGCCCUACAUUUCACUAAAACUCACACACAGCAUUACACUAUAAAUAAAAAUUCAUUCUAUUAUUAUAAAUCCUCUUAUGGCCUACUUCUUGUUGAUAUGAGUGAUU